AACACUGCAGCCACCCCUAAGACAUCAUAAGUUGAGAUUUUAAAGUUUUUUUUUUCGUAGAGGUGCAGUACAGAAUUUCUGUGCUAUAUUCAUAGAUUUUAUUUUUAAAAUUUUCGUAUGAUUGCUCUUUAAAAAACUUAUCAAGUGCAUCAUGACUACCUUACGCCCCUUCACAUGCAAUGAUAUGUUCAAAUUCAACAAAGUUAAUCUUGACCCGUUAACGGAAACGUACUGCCUGUCGUUCUACAUGCAAUAUUUGGCGCAUUGGCCCGAGUAUUUCCAGGUGGCCGAAUCGCCAAGCGGAGAGAUUAUGGGUUAUAUUAUGGGCAAAGCAGCGGGCCACGGAGAAAAUUGGCACGGUCACGUAACGGCCCUGACAGUGUCACCAGACUAUCGCCGACUGGGCUUAGCCGCCACUCUCAUGAACUUUCUGGAGGACGUUUCCGAGAAGAAACGCUGCUACUUUGUCGAUUUGUUUGUCCGAGUUAGCAACAAGGUAGCAAUCGACAUGUACACCAAGCUGGGUUACAUCGUGUAUCGGACGGUGCUCGAGUAUUAUGUUGGUGAUCCCGACGAGGAUGCGUACGAUAUGAGAAAAGCUUGUUCCAGAGAUGUGCACCGGAAGUCGGUGAUUCCGCUGACACAUCCCGUUCGACCGGAUGAGGUGGAUUGAUAGACCGGCAAUGGAAUAUCAAGCUAAGGACAUACGUUUUCUUGUAUGUCUCAAGUGAAUAAUUGUUAAGGAAAAUUGUAUAAUAAAUGAAAAUGGCUGCGGAGGGAACAACAAAAAUAUAAAUUGAUAAAUA